AUGCAGCCUAAAGAGAGAGUGGAUUGGACCAAACCUAUGAUCCUGAGAGCCCUCUCAAUGAUUUUCCUGCUGAGUCUUCAAGCAGCUUGGGUCCUCAAAGCAGAUCAUGUAUCAACUUAUGCUAUGUUUGUACAGACGUAUCAAAAUUCAGGAGAAAUUAUGUUUCAAUUCGAUGAUGACGAGAUGUUUUAUAUGAAGAUGAGAAAGAUGAAGAUGGUGUGGAACGCGCAGGACUUCGCCAAACCCUUCUCUCUUGAGAUUGAGACUGGCACAAACAACUUGUAUAGAAUGAUGGUCAAAUUGCAAGAAAUUAUCCAACGCUCCAAUAAGACCCAAGCCAAGAGUGAACCUCCCAUAGUGGCUGUGUAUCCCAAGAAUCCUGUGGAGCUGGGCCAGCCUAAUACUCUCAUCUGCCAUGUUGACCAGUUUUUCCCACCAAUACUCAAUGUCUCGUGGUUUCGAAAUGGAGAGCAAGUCACUGAAGAUACUUCUGAGAGCCUCUUCCUGCCCAGUCCAGAGAACUUGUUCAAUAAGUAUUACUACUUAAACUUCGUGCCCUCAACUGAGGACGUCUAUUACUGCAAGGUGGAACACUGGGGACUGGACAAGCCUCUCCUCAGGCACUGGGAGGCCCUGAAAGCAGAACAAUUGCCGGAGACAAUAGAGAAUGUGGUCUGUGUCGCAGGCCUAGUAGGGGGCUUGGUGUGUUCCAUCGUCGGUGUCAUCCUCAUCAAAGAGUCUUGGAGUUCCCAUCCUAAAAACUGA